CUACUGCAAUCAUUAACGCAAUUCAAAAUGGACCAAAACAAGCAUUUUGCAGGCGAUGAGGCAGACGAUCCUGGACCAUCAGUUGAGUCUACAAGCCAAAAGGAGAGAAUUAAAGCCCGUCGCCUUCGCAUAACCGCACGAAAUGAGGCUAAAAAACGACAAGAGCUUGGAGAUUCCUCAGGAAAGGGGGAUAUUAAAGAAGAAGCACGGAAAAGUCAGAAGGAAGUGGAACAAAGUGAGAGGUUUCUGGCUAAAUUAAAAAGUGAUGGCCUAGAGUUGGUGACCAACAUUCAGGUAGCUGCAGACGCCAGAGAGUCAAACAGGAGAACAGAGCAAGAGGAGGCAUUUCGACUGAGGAGAGAAAAGCUGGAGAAUGAGGCCAAGUCCAGCCAGGAGAAGUUUGAGGAGAUCAAUCGCAAAUGGACAGAUGCCAAAAUACCACAAGAUCUGCGAGAUGUUCUGAACAGCCAGCAACAGCUCUGCAACCAGCUCAUAGAGGACAAGCAUAAACUGAUUAAUGAGCUGCAGCAGGAGCUGAAAGCAGGUGAUGAUUGCUAUGUGAAAGACCUGAAAAGGCAGGCGAAGGACAUAGACCUGCUGGUUGAGAGGAUGGAGGAACAGAUCUCAAGUCUAAAGAAAUCAUUCAGAGAGAAGCUGCACCAAAUUGAGAACACAUUUGGUGAUGAGAGGAGAGAUUUGCUAACCAAUAAUAGAAAGAAAUGGGAGCAUCAGAUGAAAGAACGGCGUGAUAAAGAGCUGAAGAACAUGGUGGAGGGUUUAAGUUUAAUGGAGGAGCAUGUGGACUUGCUGCAGAGGCUGAGGGUACAGACAGCUGAAGAAUACAAUGUAGACAAAAUCAGACUGGAUACAGAAGUACAGAAUUUAAGAAAGAAGGUCCAGGAGACAAAGUUUACCUGCCAUCUGAAUCAAGAGAAACUUGAAAACAAAUACAGAGUGCUUAAGAAACGCGAGGAAGAGAAUGCCAUCCUAAAAUCCCAAUUAAAGAGGAAAAUCAUUAGAAUGCAGGAUGUUUUGAACAAUCUGAAGUCUAAAUGCGCAGAACAGGAGAAGCAGUCAAAUGUGGAGAGCCAAUCACUGAGGAACGACAAAGCACGCCUCAAACAACAGUACAAAGACAUGCAGAGAAAAGCAAGACACUUUGCAGCGCUCGAUGCUCAACGUUUUGAAAAGUUAUGGUUGAUGAAUGAAGCUGAGGUAAAGGCCCUGGCCCACAGGGCACUGGACAUAGACCGAAUGAUUCAUGAGCAACAGCUGGGUCUGGCAUGGGUGUCCCCUCCACUCCCCUUCAUGGAGGUAUCUGGACCGAUAGUAAGUAAACAGCAGGCCCUCAGUUCAGCCAGACUAGCAGCUGCAGAAGCCCUGAAAGAAGAGCAGCAGGGGGAGACUAGAGGAAACUUAGUGGAGGGAGCCGAGUGUCUGCAGAACACUGUUGGCCGAGUAGAUAGAAGAACAGUAAAGAAAGUUCUGGAGCUGCUGUGUGACGAGGCGGGGUUUCUUGUAGAGAGUAAACUGCUGAAGCUGUUGUCACAUCUAGAAAAGAAUGAGCAGUCUCUAAUGAAGCUGGAUGCCAUUUUCUCAGCAAUGGGGAUUAACAGUGAAGAGGAUGUGUAUAAAAUGACAGAGUUUUUUAUGAAGUACAGACAGCAAAGCAGAGAACAGAAGGAACAGAGGGAGGAAGGGGAGGCUGACUAUGAGCUGGGAGAAUCAGUGGAAGAGCAAUCUGAUUUCAUUGAUCCCAAUGACCUUCUAGUGGCUCUGAAAGAUUUUACCUCUCAAUACCGCAAAUCCUGUGAGGUUCAGGAUCAGCAGAGCAGUGUUUUGGGGUUGGACAUGAGAGAUGCCUCUGAGGAUGCAGCAUACUGGGAAAGUAUGGCUAAUGUCAUCCCAGAGUCCAAACUCACGCUCUGGAGUGCUCUAGAAACAGCUCUCAACAAGUAUCAUACGGAACUAACUGAAAGGGCUGUGCUACUAGUGGAAACACAGAAUAUAAAACAACAGAAUACUGAGCUCAGGCAGUUGCUCCAUCAGUACACAACCUCCAAAGGUCAGAGCUGAGCUGGAGAUCCCAACCCACUAGGAUGAAGCAGUUCCUUAAAGGUGUAGUUCACCCAAAAAAGAAAUUCUCUCAUUUACUCACCCUCAUGCCGUCCCAGAUAGGUAUUACUUUUUUCUUCUGCUGAACACAAAUUAAGAUUU